CACAAGGCUGAUCUGUGGCCCUGUUUGAGUGAAGUUUGGAAGGUGUGCAGGAUGGCUCCCAACGAGGCAGGGGAUGAACUUGUUUUCUUUGUAAAUGGUAAAAAGGUGGUGGAAAAAGACGUGGAUCCAGAAACAACCCUGCUAACUUAUCUGCGAAGAAAAUUGGGCCUGUGUGGAACCAAACUAGGCUGUGGAGAAGGUGGAUGUGGUGCUUGCACUGUUAUGAUAUCCAAAUAUGAUCCCUUUCGGAAGAAAAUCCUCCACCAUACUGCCAAUGCUUGUCUCUUCCCUGUCUGUGCCCUGCAUCACGUGGCUGUAACUACUGUUGAAGGCAUAGGAAACACAAAAUCCAGGCUGCACCCAGCCCAGGAGAGAAUAGCAAAAAGCCAUGGGUCCCAGUGUGGCUUUUGCACUCCAGGCAUUGUCAUGUCCAUGUACACAUUGCUUCGGAACAACCCCGAGCCCCACAUGGAGGACAUUGAAGAUGCUUUCCAAGGGAACUUGUGUCGGUGUACAGGCUACAGACCCAUUCUGGAAGGAUACAGGACAUUUGCUAAAGACAUGAAUUGCUGUGGCAGAGUUGCCAAUGGCACUGGAUGCUGUCGUAGUGGGAAGGAAAAUACCGUGAAUGGGGGCUGCUGUGGAGGAAAAGCCAAUGGUCCAGGCUGCUGCAUGAAUGCAAAAGAAGAUAGUGUGAAAAUGACAUCCUCCAGCCUGUUCAAUUCUUCUGAGUUCCAGCCACUGGAUCCCACACAGGAGCCAAUCUUCCCACCAGAAUUAAUGACUCAGAGUAACAAACAGCAGAAGCAGAUGUGUUUCAAAGGCGAGCGUGUGAUGUGGAUCCAGCCCACAACUCUCAAUGAACUGGUGGCACUCAAAUCCCAGUACCCCAAUGCCAAACUUGUUGUGGGGAACACAGAAGUGGGUAUUGAGAUGAGGUUAAAGAACCUCCUGUAUCCAGUGAUAAUAGCACCAGCAUGGAUCCCUGAAAUGAAUGCUGUUCAGCACACUGAAACAGGGGUCACCAUCGGCGCUGCCUGUACCCUGAAGUCAGUAGAGGAGGUGAUGAGGAAAGCAGUGGCAGACCUUCCUCCGUACAAAACAGAGAUCUUCCAGGCUGUCCUGGAGCAGCUGCGCUGGUUUGCAGGGCCUCAGAUCAGGAAUGUUGCUGCUAUUGGUGGGAACAUAAUGACAGCAAGCCCAAUUUCUGACUUAAAUCCUGUGUUAAUGGCAAGUGGCAGCAAACUGACUUUGGUAUCAAAAGAGGGCAAAAGGACGGUCACCAUGGAUGAGAAGUUUUUCACUGGCUACAGAAAGACAAUAGUUAAGCCUGAAGAAAUACUUCUCUCAGUUGAAAUACCCUACAGCAAAAAGGGUGAAUACUUCUCAGCUUUCAAGCAGGCUUCCCGUCGUGAGGAUGACAUUGCUAUUGUCACCUGUGGGUUGAGAGUCCUGUUCCAAGACGGCACAAGCAGAGUGGAGGAGAUAAAACUGAGCUAUGGAGGAAUGGCUCCUACCACUGUCCUGGCACUGAAAACUUGCAAGGAACUCACUGGCAGAGACUGGAAUGAGAAGCUGCUGCAGGAUGCCUGUCGCUUGCUGUCGGGGGAGAUGGAUCUGUCUCCUUCUGCUCCCGGGGGCAUGGUGGAUUUCCGACGCACACUCACCCUCAGCUUCUUCUUCAAGUUCUACCUGACAGUCCUUCAGAAACUGAGCAAGAGUGGCACUAAAACUGGGUGUGAGCCUGUCCCUUCAAACUACAUCAGUGCUACAGAGCUGUUUCACAAAGAUCCCAUUGCAAAUGCCCAGCUCUUCCAAGAAGUGCCCAAGGGGCAGGCUGUGGAAGAUAUGGUGGGCAGGCCUCUGGUGCACGUUUCAGCAGCCAAACAAGCCAGUGGAGAAGCUGUGUACUGCGAUGACAUCCCUCACUACGAGAACGAGCUGUACCUGACGCUGGUGACCAGCACUAAGGCCCACGCCAAGAUCCUUUCUGUAGAUGCAUCUGAAGCUCAGAGUGUUCCUGGGUUUGUGUGUUUUGUUUCUGCCAAGGAUGUUCCUGGCAGUAAUGUCACUGGCAUCGCUAAUGAUGAGACUGUCUUCGCUAAGGAUGUGGUCACCUGUGUGGGUCACAUCAUUGGUGCAGUCCUUGCAGACACACAGGAACAUUCCAGGAGAGCAGCUAAAGCUGUGAAGAUUAAGUAUGAAGAACUUCAACCUAUUGUCACAAUUGAGGAAGCGAUUGAGAAAAAAUCUUUCUUUAAGGAUAUAAAGAGGAUUAAUAAGGGAGAUGUGAAGAAAGGAUUUGAAGAAUCUGAUCACAUUUUGGAGGGAGAGAUGUACCUUGGUGGUCAGGAGCAUUUCUACCUGGAAACUCACUGUACUUUGGCUGUGCCAAAGGGAGAAGAUGGUGAGAUGGAACUCUUUGUGUCAACCCAGAACCCAAUGAAGACACAGGAGUUUGCUGCUAAUGCACUGGGAGUGCCUUCAAAUCGAGUUGUGGUUCGAGUGAAAAGAAUGGGAGGAGGAUUUGGAGGAAAAGAGACUAGGAGUACUAUUUUGACAUCUGUAGUGGCUGUUGCAGCCUUCAAAACUGGCCGUGCAGUGCGGUGCAUGCUGGAUCGAGAUGAGGACAUGCUGAUCAGUGGUGGGAGGCACCCCUUCCUGGGGAGGUACAAGGUUGGCUUCAUGAAGAAUGGGAAAGUCAAGAGUCUGGAGGUGUCAUACUACAGCAAUGGGGGCAACUCUAUAGACCUCUCUCAUGGUGUAAUGGACAGAGCCCUGUUACACUUGGAUAACUCCUACAACAUCCCCAAUGUCAGCAGCGUGGGCAUUGUUUGCAAGACAAACUUGCCUUCCAACACAGCCUUCCGUGGCUUUGGAGGGCCCCAGGGAAUGAUGAUUGCUGAGUGCUGGAUGAGUGACCUGGCUCGGAAGUGUGGCCUGCCACCUGAGGAGGUGAGGAAGCUCAAUCUCUACCACGAAGGAGACACAACUCAUUUUAACCAAAAGCUAGAGGGAUUUACUCUACGAAGAUGCUGGGAUGAAUGUUUGUCCAGCUCCGGCUAUCACGCCAGGAAGAAACUGAUUGAAGAAUUUAACAAGCAGAACCGCUGGAAAAAGAGAGGGAUAAGCAUCAUUCCUACCAAAUUUGGCAUCAGUUUCACUGUCCCAUUUCUGAACCAGGCUGGAGCUCUGGUCCAUGUGUAUACAGAUGGCUCUGUGUUACUUACACAUGGUGGGACUGAGAUGGGUCAAGGACUUCACACCAAAAUGAUUCAGGUCGCUAGCAGGGCCCUGGGAGUCCCCACCUCCAAAAUUUACAUCAGUGAGACCAGCACAAACACUGUCCCAAAUACCUCCCCGACAGCCGCCUCAGUCAGCGCCGACAUCAAUGGAAUGGCCGUCUAUAACGCAUGUCAGACUAUCCUAAAAAGACUUGAGCCAGUCAAGCAGUCUAAUCCCAAAGGAUCCUGGGAAGACUGGAUUAAAACCGCCUAUGAGAGCUGUGUCAGCCUGUCAGCCACAGGGUUUUAUAGAAUUCCUGAAGUUGGCUACAACUUUGAAAAGAACGAAGGGAAACCAUUCUCGUACUUCAGUUACGGAGUUGCCUGCUCUGAGGUUGAGAUAGAUUGCCUGACAGGUGACCACAAGAACAUUCGCACAGACAUUGUUAUGGAUGUUGGUACCAGUCUGAACCCAGCCAUAGAUAUAGGACAGAUAGAAGGAGCCUUUGUCCAGGGCAUUGGGCUCUUCACCAUGGAGGAGCUGCGUUACUCUCCUGAAGGGAACUUGUACACUCGAGGGCCUGGCAUGUACAAAAUCCCAGCAUUUGGAGACAUCCCAACAGAAUUCAAUGUGUCCCUUCUCCGUGACUGCCCCAACAGCAAGGCAGUUUACUCAUCCAAGGCUGUGGGAGAGCCCCCUCUGUUCCUGUCUGCCUCAGUAUUUUAUGCCAUUAAAGAUGCCAUCUAUGCAGCAAGGAAGGACUCUGGCCUGACGGAGGCGUUCAGGCUGGACAGCCCUGCCACCCCUGAGAGGAUCCGCAACGCUUGUGUGGACAUCUUCACCAAAAUGUGCCCUUCUGCUGAGCCAGGAACCUUUAAGCCAUGGUGUGUGCGUGUGUAGGAGGAAAGUUUGAGGAGAAAACUCUUGCUGAAACUGAGCUUACAUCAGAGGAACCACAAGGCAGUAGGACUAUAAUGGAGGAAAAAAACCAACCUGUGUUCAUGUGGCUCACCCACUGAUUCACGGAGCUUUCACAUUUAAUUGUCCAAUCAUUGUUUUCUCUAUGAGAGGAAAUUGCUGCCAGAUUAUAGCUGUGAUGUAAAUUCAAAUGAAGAGUAAGUUGAAGGUGAUGUUAUCCAGGUGUAAUUGAAAAAUCUUACAGAUUGCAUAUAAAAUUGCUGCAAGGAUGCUUCUUACCAGCCAAUGUGAUUGUUUCUUUUUCCUGCUAUAGGGAAAAGAUGUAUCACCUUGUGAUGCUAUGCCAAGAAGGACUCAAAUGUGUUGAUCCCAGACACAGAGUCCUCUAGCUGAGAUGGGGGAAGGUAUAAGAGGUGUUGAGGGCUGGACCCUGCUGUGUUCCCUUUGCACACAAAGCCAGCUACAUCCUAGAGGAAGAUGAGCAGGACUUCUGGUGUUGGCUAAUGAAGAUCUUACCUGUGUAAUAAAAGUGUUUCAGAGGAAAAGUCUAAAAUGUGACCAGCAACUGAUUUUACCCCAAGUUCAAUGACUGUUGCUUUGUCUGCACCUGGGCUUUAAUGAGAUUUUAGUUCAAGUGCUACCUUUGUCUUCUCUGAUUAAAGAUAAAAACUAAAUAUACCAAGAGUACUUCCAACAAGAUGCAGCUUUGUUUGACACAGACUUUUCCUAUCCCACACCUCCACAUCUCUUCCCAUCCUUUAAAUAGGAAAGGACAUCAGAGACCUUGGAGUAACAGAGAAACUUGCCCAUCGAUGUUCCCAAGGUAAUUUACACCAGCCUAAGCAAGGGGCACGAGGAGGUUGGGCACAGCUGGGGAUUAGCUGGCUCUGGGUGCCCUCUAGGGUAAAUCCCUUGCUGUAGGGUAAAUGCCUUGCCUUCUUUUCAAGAGAUUUCUUAGUUUUGCUGAAUGCAAGAGAAUGGAUGCAUUUUGCUACAGGGAAUGCUUGUCUGAAAACUCUGCUGGCUAUGUGAUGACCUGGUGUCAUCUGGAUUGAAUAUAUUCUUUGUGUUGGAUUUAGUGCUGGGCAUCCCUCCUGACAGGUUUUGUCACUGUCGGAUUCAACACUGGAGCACCAUGUUAUCUCUAGAUGGUGUCAGCCACAUACUGUGCCUGCUUAUCAUUUGCAAACUUCUAUCUGUUUUUCUGGCCUACUGCUUUGUAGAAAUGUCCUU